CUCCUGAGGCUCCUGCUCUUUGUAGCCUGGGCCGGGAGGCGCCAUCUCGGUGUGUGAGUGCCCGCAGGCAAGGUGACUCUGAACCCUUCCACUUCUCCCAAAUGCCCCCGCCCAGCCCUUCCGGGAGGGCCUAGACUUGCUGGCAUUGGCCCCCCGGGGUCAGGAUGUUACCCAGCGUGGCCCUAAAACGCAGGCUAGCUCAUGCAGGAACGGCAGGGCAGCCCGGAUGUGAGCCCUCAGGGAGACGUUGAUGUCGUCACCCGACAGUGACUUGGGCGAGGUUGGACUCUAGUACCCAGGUGAGAAGUGGCUCCAGUGUAAUGAGAGACCAGGCUGCUCACCCAAAGCAACUCUCCAGCUGCCCUGGACAGUCAGCGCUGAGCACACCGGGCAGCCUCCCGGCAAGCUCAGGAUGGACGCCAGGAGCUCCCCCUGCCUGGCUCAGCCUCCACGGGCAGAGGUGGGUGCUCAGCACAUGCCCCCAGCACUGGCCCUGCUGCGGGGUGAGCAUUAACCCGCCACCUCUGGAGGUCGGGUCCAAACCACCUCCAGGACAAGGCCCGGACGUUGAGACUGCAUGGCGAGGCUGGGCUUCUUCCAGUGUUGGUGGAGUGCACUUGAAGGCAGUGACACUGAUGUCAGGGUUGCCUCCCAAUGCCACCCCAUUCCCCAGCGCACACCCUGAGCCAAAAGAGGUGAGGGAGACCAGAUUCAUCACCCUCUCCUCCAAGUUCAGCGACAGCCUCCUCGGCCUCCUUGUUCUCUGCUCCAAACCUUCUUCGCCAUCUCCCAAACUGCCCCUGCCCAGGCCAUUCUGGAACCAGCACCCCUGUGUGACAGGUUUGCCAUGUUCAGCGCUUACGGGAAAGCAGCCCAUUUGCAUUUGGAGUUUAGCUGUGAGGCUGAAGGGGCAGAAGACAAACUCAUCACCCUGCAGGACACCCAAGUGCAGGAGCAACCUCGAGAAACCACCAGGCAAACAAGCCACCAGACAAACAAACAGGGUUCUCUGCAGCACUGCACAGGUGAAUGGAAGAGACUGGAAAUCCAUUGUGCAGGGACCAAGCAGGGCGCUGAAUGUGUGGAGGAGCCCCCUGGGAGCUGUUUUAUAUUGUUACACAUGCACGCACACACACACACCAUGCAUUUUUCUUCUUGGUGCACAAGCACACCUCAAACUGCCACUCCUUACCCCCCAUCAGCCACACAAAUCCCCCCCCCCUCCCGUGGUUUCCCCGGAAGACUCCUGUCCCCUCAAACAUCACCUCUUGGCCCCUGGCAAAGGACACCCUGGAGCCAUCUCCGGUCACACUCGGCAGCCAGCAGGGAGUCUGGCCGGGCUCAGCACACCGCUUCGAUAAUGCUGGCGAACCUGCAUUCUGCAAAUCACACUCCCGAAAUAGCAGCACUUCUCGGAAGAGGGGGUCGGGGCAGGCCACUGGGAACUUGAGGCGCCAGGUCACUAACAGCAGAGCAAGUCCCUAAGGACACUGGGCCCCUGCCCCUACAGCUGGCCCCUGAAGCCUUAAAUCCCGGGCUCCUUCCCGAGUCACAGGUCCUUGGAGAUGAAGGUCCGCAGACUCAUCCCAUCAAAAUCAAAAAUGUGAUCUAGCAGGGGCGCUGCAGCACCUUUCCUUCCUCAGUCUCCCCAGAGAGCCUGACAUGGCGGAGUGGCUGGCAGCCUGGAGCCGCCCCUAGCAAUGAAAGAAGGCGCUUGGACCAAGCUACCCACUUUCCUGAUGGCAUCCAAGCCUUUCCCUGGCCACUUUAAAAUACCAGUGCUCUGGGGAAACCCCCUGGGAACGAACCCACUCGGACCACCCCCAACGUUGCCUGCUGUCCGCUGUGCACACAGGGAGGCCUCGCUCAGCAGCGUCCACGGGUUCUUGGAAGCACUGAUAGUGAAACCGUGUCAAGAGAGUACAGGCCAGGCUGGCAUCCCCAAGGGACCCGCUGGACACACUCCCCACCAAGGAAACCACCUCUGACCAGACCGGCUGCUAGGAGAUAGGCAUGAAGGCCGAGGCCACCUGACCCUGGUGACUCCCCUUCUGGCCCAGGCGCCCAAGGCCUUCCUAUGCAGUACGGGUCACAGACGCUCACCCCAAGUCCAGAGACACACACGCCUGGUCGAGAGCCACACUCAGCCUUGCCCACUGCCUAGGCUGCAUCCCCAGUGUGCAACUGUGACCCUGGAGACCGGCAACCUCAGCUGGGAGCACCCCCCACCAUGUCAUGAGGAAACUGAGCACCUGCAGGAGGUAUAGGGCAAGCCAUUUCCCCAACCCAGCCACGCCGACGCAGACAGGGCCCCAUUUCACAAGCACACACCCCACAGGGCAGUGUGAUUACCCAGAGGGGCCUGCCAGGGACAGGCCCGGGCCGCAGGUCACCCCUCCAGAGGCUGCACAUGGUCAUCACGCACCUCCCAGGAGCCAGGCCUGGUACCCAGUGACCCAGCAACACAGGGAAGGGCCCAGCGCCCCAACCCAGAGGCCAGAGCUGGGCGAGCAGAACUGAGGCUCGCCUCGGUGGGCACCCACCCCAUGUGCAGAGGGAGAACACGGGGACCCUUUUUAUUUCACCUGACUUCAACACAUAUGAAUGAGACAGUUAAUUCCGCUUAAAUACGAAAUGCUUCAAAAAAAAAAAACAAAACAACAGGAAACAAAAAUGAACCGAGGGGAGGGAGGAAAAGGACGGAAUUAUCUCCUGGACGACACACGAGCACGUAGCCGGAUGAGGCGGGACAGGAAGGGAAGUGGCUGAGCCGUCACAGGUGCCGGCGGGCAGCGCUCCUGGACACGAGGCUUCCAGGCGGCCGCUGGUCCCUUGCUGCAUCAUCCUGGUCCCUGCUAUAUCGUC